AUGAUCGUCACUGCAACUCUUACAUUAGUAUUCUUGUCCAUUUCAUAUAAUGUUCCUGCCAUUGUAGCGAGCAAUACUUCGCCUACCGCUCAAACGCAGCAAGGCGUUUACGUUGGUCUUCAAACAACAGUAAACGGCACGGAUAUCAACUAUUGGUAUGGCAUACCGUAUGCGCAGCAGCCGAUCGGUAAUUUGAGAUGGAAGCCUCCUCAGCCUCUUGAGACGUCCAAUGGUACCAAGUAUGCAUAUUCUCCCAACGUUUGUCCUCAAACGAAUACCUAUAUUUUCCCGAUGAUAGAAUCUUGUCUCACUUUGAAUGUGUAUAGUCCUGCAAAUGCAAGUAAUUUACCUGUGUAUGUAUGGAUCCAUGGAGGUAGCUUUACAACGGGAGCAGGUAUUCUAUAUGGUGCAAAUCCGUUGGUUAGCACAAGCGUCAUCAAUGCUGUUCCUGUUGUGGUCGUGACAAUCAACUAUCGACUAGGUCUACUCGGUUUCUUGGCUGAUGAAGGAUUAUAUGACGAAAGAUCAGGCAAUAAAAACAGAAGUACCACUGGUAACUAUGGCAUCUUAGAUCAGAUCAUGGCAUUAGACUGGAUCAAAGAAAACAUUGCUGGUUUCAAUGGUGAUCCAACCCAAAUUACUAUUGGUGGUGAGAGUGCUGGAGGUGUGAGUGUCACCGUUCUACUCACAUCACCCUUGGUAACUAGUGGUACUUUCCAGAGAGCUAUUAUCGAGAGUGGUACUAUAUGGCCAAAUGCUGUUAGCAACAUGGAAACUGCCAUCAAUUCUACGGGUAAAGUUUUGCGGGCCGAUUCCAAUUGUACGAUGGUGCAGUGCUUGCGUGAUCUCGCGACACAGGACAUUCUCAAAGUUCAAGCUACCAUUGCAUCGAAAAAUAUCUUCGGAGUAGCCGCCAAUCCAGUAAUCGAUGGUUACGUUCUCAAUGAUAUCAUGGAAAAUUACUAUGCCAGAGGAGAUUUUCAACGAGUUCCCGUCUUGGUAGGUUCUACUACUAAUGAGACAUCUGCAUUUACCUGUCCGUAUUUUAAAGAAAAGGCCAGUGUUGCACAAGUUCAAGCGUUUUUCAACAUUAUUUACAAUGCCACUAUUGUCAAUGAAAUUACUACCAUUUAUGGUCCGAUUUCAGCUUAUCAAAAUCCGCUGACCUAUCUGAACAUCGCCUACACCGACGCAUGGGCACACUGCGGAUCCAGACGUCUGGCUUCUAAAUUUUCUGAUUAUGGGUUGUCCGCCUACCUCUAUACGUACAAUCAUCUCAUACCUGUGACAGCUACGUGUUUAGGUGUGGCCCAUGCUGUUGAACUUGUCAUGCUCUUCCCAGAUCUUCUAGUAUUUUUGUUUCCUGGCUACAGAUUGACUGAAUUUGAGAAGCAAUUAUCGACGAAUAUGAUGCGUUAUUGGGCUAAUUUCAUCCACACAUCAAAUCCUAACGAUGGUAGUGAACUGACAAAUUGGAAUAUUUAUUCAAGCUCGUCCGAUGAUGACUUUGUUCUUGACAUCACUUCAAAAAUGCGAAGUGAUUACUAUGAUCUUCGCUGUUCACAGUUUUGGGAUCGAUACGCUGUCACAAAUAGUUCUUUCGUAUAUCGAGAGAAAUAA